ACCGCAAGACGUCCGUGCCGCCGCGCUGCCUCUCAUUCAUCCGGCAGAGGAGAGGAGCCCGCGUCCGAGCAUACAAUGAAGCAGUGUGUCCUUGUCCGACACAAUGCAGCAAGAUGCCACGAAGGGGACAAGACUGUUUCUCACAAGAUCAGGGACGAUUUUGCUCGAUUGCAGAGAGAAAUCAGCUAAAGAAUGAAGCUUUGGCCUCUGCAUGACAAGCUAUGACCAACACAAAGACUAGACCCUAGACUUCCAGUUACAACGCCAGGACUCAAGAAUGAAGACCAAAUAUGCGAUUGUCUUCAUCUGUAUUGUGGCCCUGGUCAUCAUCGAAAAGGAAAGCAACAUCCUGUCAAGGGUCUCUGAUAAGCUGAUCCAGAGGCAGAAUCCACAGCAGACCCCUCAGACUCCACUGGAUUACAGUAAUACGACACAAAAUGGCUCCCUGACGAUGCUCAAAAUGCUGCUCUCUAAACUCACCGGUACAAAAGGGAACUACUCAAGUCUCUACGAGGAGCAAGAGGAGGAAGAUCUAGAUGAUUUAGGCACCUACAGCUUCAGCGGUGGCCGUAAGCACAUAUUACUCUUGGCCACUACACGAACAGGUUCCUCAUUUGUGGGGGAGUUUUUCAACCAGCACGGAGAGAACAUGUUCUACCUGUUUGAGCCUUUGUGGCACGUCGAACGCAUGCUGACCAUGGCCUCCGAGUCAAACAACGGGACAGUGUUGGCAGGAAUCUACAGGGAUGUACUGCAGGGGCUCUUCCUGUGUGAUUUCUCUCCUCUUGAGAAGUUCAUCUCCCCCCCACCUCAGGAGCACGUUACCCCGGCUCUUUUCCGCAGAGAGUCGAGUUUAUCGCUCUGUGAAGAAUCUGUCUGCAGUCCUGUGAUCAAAGAGGUUUUUGAAAGGUAUCACUGUAAGACUCGUCGCUGUGGGCCGCUGAACUUGACCCUUGCUUCCGAAUCCUGCCUUUCCAAGCAACACCAUGCCAUUAAGACUGUCCGUGUGCGCCAGCUGGACUCAUUGCAGCCUUUGGUGGAGGAUCCUCGUCUGGAUGUCAGAGUGAUCCAGCUGGUCCGAGAUCCACGGGCCAUCUUAGCAUCCCGCAUGGUGGCUUUCUCUUCGAAGUACCAGACGUGGAAGGCCUGGGCGCAGGACGGCCAGGUGCCCGAAGAUGACGAGGAGGUGAAGCGGCUCAAAGGAAACUGCGACCAGAUUAGGCAGUCUGCCGAGGUGGGACUGAGCCGACCUCGCUGGCUGAGGAGCCGCUACAUGUUAGUGCGUUAUGAGGAUAUUGCCCGCUACCCCAUGCAGAAGGCAGAGGAGAUGUACAGGUUUACGGGGAUACCAUUUAGCCCUCAAGCUAGGGAGUGGAUUCUGAAGAACACCCAGACCACACAGGGAGCCAGCGGGAUUUACUCCACCCAGAAGAACUCAUCGGAGCAGGCAGAGAAAUGGAGAUUUAGCAUUCCCUUCACACUGGCUCAGGUAGUGCAGAGAGUGUGCGGACCCACCAUGAAGCUGUUUGGGUACAGGUUUGUGGAUGAUGAAAAGACACUCAGCAAUAAGUCCAUCAGUCUGCUGGAAGAGAAAGUAUUUCAUUAAACAACAGGUCAUAAAUGUAGCUGUGAAUCUGCAAAGCGCUGCACACAAUGAAGCCAGGAGAAGCCAUUAUUGCACAGACCAAAACUAGUAAGCAACAGUGCCAUAACAGACACAAAAGGUUUUACUGCUGACGGUAAGAUUUGGGCCAUACUUUAAUAGUCAUACUCACCAAUGAUGUGCCUCAUUGUGACAAACGAAGAGCCACUUGAGAGAGAGAAGUAUUUAUUUGCAUACUGUUCACUUAAAAGCCUGUUAUUUAAGCUUUAUGUGGCGCUUUGUUUUUCAUUUUAAAUGAAAUAAGCAUAGAUGUCAAGCCUGACUUGUAAGAGAUUCUUAUGUAAAAUUUUAUUGACAGUUGAUCAUGCUUAGACUUUCAGGGAUAAACUUCAGUGAAAGUGAUGUGUGUUUUGUUUGUCUGUGUGUGCGUGUAUGUGAGGCCUUAUCUCCACAGACAUGGAUAUUUUUUUCCACCCUAAUUCUCAAAAAAACACACCCUUUUUUAAAGCUUUUGUCGAGAGCAUGCCAAACUCACAGGCGGCUAUAUAACCAUAAUCCUAAAGCCUUGCAAAGAAUAUGUUGGCCAAUCAGCAGCCUUAAAAAAAUUGUAUUGGGGGGAUACUUGGAGCAG